AUGGACAAAGAUUGCGACAUGGUAUAUAAGAACAUCUCUGACAUAUAUAAAUCUGAAGAAUUUAAGACAUACGACAACUUUGUUUCGUUAGUUGCUGAAUGUGUAUGGCAGAUAAGAGAUAAAGAUAAAAGAUGUAAAAUAUGGAACGAACAAAUCAGACCUACAUAUUCUGAGUUAAAGAAAACCAUUGACGCCUUAGUUGUUCUAGCAGGUCAAAUUUCAAUGUAUAACGCAAAAAUGAAUCCACAAUGUUCAAAAUGUAAAGCAGCAAUGAGGAAAUAUAACUACUCCGUCAAAGAGAUAGAACGUAUGAGAAACGACUAUGCUGACUUAAAGAAAGAAGUAGAGAAACCAGCAGAAGAUAAAAUGGACAUGUUAGCAUUUCUGAAUAAAAACAAUCCAACAGCAGAAGAUUUCCUAUUAUCUGAUGUCAAGAAGAAGUAUAAAGAAACCUUCGGCAUAGUUAAAAUUUUUGAUAUUCUUCGUGAAGAAAUAGAAGCUACAAAACUGUUUAAAGUCAUGAACCAUCGCAACAUAUACCAUGUAAAACGCUUGUAA